AGAGGAGGGGGGCCUGUGAAGGAGGAGAAGUUGAAGACAGCAACGCAGCUAAAGGCGGCUCGUCCGGAAGAAGAAAGCACCUCCAUCAUUGAAAACUGCGGUGUUACGUGGCGGCUCCCGGGCGGCUUCAUGCUCUGUGUCAGCGGGGACGUCUGAGUGUGUCGGCGGCUUCGCGACGGCCGGUGCCCGGGUCCCGGAGUGCGGGGAAAAUGCCUUCUCUUCCAUGGAGGGUUUCGCAACUUGUGUUGCUUCUCUUCCCUUCCACUGUGGCUGCCGAGGAGUCCUUGAUGCUGGAAGGCUGGAGCGAUGUGUGGUUCUUCAGAUUCCUCAUCAACGUACUGGGAUACUCCACCAUCAUCAUUCCGGGCUACCUCCUCAUUUGCUAUUUCAAGCGCACCAAUUACUUAGAAACAGGUAGUGGGAUCUGCCAUCCUCUAAUAAGGACCUGCGUAUUUGGCAAUGAGGCCAAAACAGGUCUGUUGGAUGACGUGUCGGUUGCACCCAGGAAUGAAGGAGACUCUGGCUCGUCGCUCAAACAGGCCAUCAAAUUAGUCUUUUGUGCUGCUGGACUUCAGGCUUCGUACCUGACAUGGGGGGUGCUGCAGGAGAGGGUGAUGACUCGUUCCUAUGGAGCCACGACUCCAGAGGAGGAGGGGGAGAAAUUCAAGGACUCCCAGUUCCUGGUCUUCAUGAACCGCAUCCUGGCUCUGACCGUGUCGGGCCUCUGGUGCCUUCUGUUCAAGCAGCCUCGCCACGGAGCGCCCAUGUACAAGUACUCCUUCGCCUCGCUCUCCAACGUCAUGAGCAGCUGGUGCCAGUACGAGGCCCUCAAGUACAUCAGCUUCCCCACCCAGGUCCUGGCCAAGGCCUCCAAAGUCAUUCCCGUCAUGCUCAUGGGGAAGCUCGUCUCCCGCAAGAGCUACGAGUACUGGGAGUACUUGACCGCCGUGCUGAUCUCGAUGGGAGUCAGCAUGUUCCUGUUGUCCAGCACGACCAGUAAGCACCCGUCCAACGUCACCACGUUCAGCGGCAUCGUCAUCCUCGUCGGCUACGUCGUCUUCGACAGCUUCACCUCCAACUGGCAGGACAACCUGUUCAAGCAGAAGAUGUCGUCGGUGCAGAUGAUGUUCGGAGUCAACCUGUUCUCCUGCCUCUUCACCGUCGGCUCGCUGCUGGAGCAGGGCGCCUUCUUCGACUCGGUGGCCUUCAUGACGCGCCACUCCGAGUUUGCCUUACACGCCGUGCUGCUGUCCGUGUGCUCGGCGUGUGGCCAGCUCUUCAUCUUCUACACCAUCAGCCAGUUCGGUGCGGCCGUCUUCACCAUCAUAAUGACCCUGAGGCAGGCCAUCGCCAUCCUCCUCUCCUGUUUCCUCUACGGUCACGCCGUCACCGUUGUAGGUGGAUUCGGUGUGGGCGUAGUUUUCCUGGCACUUUUCCUCCGGGUGUAUGCACGUAACCGCAUGAAGUCGGGUCGAAGGUCAGCGCUGCCGCUGGCACAGAAGGUGUAAACACCGAACUGGGAACUGAGGCCACGUUUUCUGUGGUGCUUUUUGUCUAUUUUUGUGUCUCUGUUUGAUUUGUGGAUCUCUUUACCGUUUUCUUUUUCAUUUGUUUAUAUUUUUGUUAGCUACGGUACAGAAAGGAUUCGGCAGUUUGGACUCUUACACCAUGAUGAACUCAAGGGGUCAAUGUGAUUAAAGUGCCUGCAGUAUUCAUUAAUACACAGUUGUCAUACCACAACUUCGCUGUUC